UCGGCGGAGGUGAGGAGCGCGCGCGAGUUGGUGGCGAAGUGACGCACGGGACGCGCCGCGAUGCCGGGAUCGUAGACGUGUGACAGAGUGAUGCGAUGUUCAAGGACACGGAGUACCUCUUACCUGGUGCCCGUCGCAUGGCUGUGCGCGGCGCUGGGCGCGGCCGCUGACGUCAUGGAGGAGCUGGAGCUGAGCUGCGGCGGCGAGUUGGGCUGCGGCGAGCUGGAGCCGCCGCCCGACUUCCUGCGUCUGGUGCCGCCGCCGCCCGUGCCAGAAUUCAUGGAGGAGUACGUGCAACGGCUGCACCAGGGCAGCGGCGAGUGCCUCCUCUGCAACUGGGCGCACAACGACUCGCUGCUACUCGUGGGCGGAGAGUCGACCUCGUCGUCAUGGAUACCGAUCCUGGUGGUGGUGGCGCUGCUGUCGGCGCUGCUGGGCGCCGUCGCCAUGGUCGUCAUCAUCCGGUGUCGCAGGUGGCGAGUCCUUCCAUCGAAAGGUCUGUGUCCGCUCGUGGCAAUGGAGCGGCCCAAGGAGACGGCGCCGCCAGUGCCCAGCUCCAAGCCGCCGGGCGGGCGCGGCGGCGCGGCGGUGGCAGCCUCGGCCUCGCGCAUGCGGCUCUGGCCGCGCGGCGGGGCCGGCCUGCACUCGCCCGACAGCGGCGGCGACUCUGAGGCCGGCUACGUCGAGCAGCCGUACACGUUCCCCGACCAAGAGAGCGCCGUGUACGCAGAGCUGAACAGUGUGGCGUCACAGGGCGCGCCCGCCUGCCGCACCUACCUGAUGAACACGUACAGCGAGAUCGGCGAGCCGCGCCGUCUGCUGCCCGACGGCACGUACGAGAACGCCGGUUACCUGCUGGAGCCGGCCGGCGAGUCGGCCGGCUCGGCUGGCUCCGCCCACAGCAGCGCCUACUACUCGGACGUGUCGGCCGCACCAUGA